ACUGAGGAGCUACCCUUUCUGCCCCAGCCCACCGCGAGGCYGAGGGGCAGCGCCAUGGACACCUUCCAGGAGGCCUUCCAGAAGGUGGAGAAGAUCGGCGAGGGCACCUAUGGCGUCGUCUACAAGGCCCGCAACAAGCGCACAGGGCAGCUGGUGGCCCUCAAGAAGAUCCGCCUGGACUCGGAGACCGAGGGCGUCCCCAGCACCGCUAUCCGUGAGAUCUCGCUGCUGAAGGAGCUCAAGCACCCCAACAUUGUCAGGCUCUUGGAUGUUGUGCAUAGCCAGAAGAAACUGUACCUGGUGUUUGAGUACCUGAAUCAGGACCUGAAGAAGUACAUGGACUCAUCCCAGACUGGAGACCUUCCCCUAACCUUGGUCAAGAACUACCUUUUCCAGCUGCUGCAAGGUGUGAGCUUCUGCCACUCACACAGAGUCAUCCACAGAGACUUGAAGCCACAGAAUUUGCUCAUUAACGAAGCGGGAGCCAUUAAGCUAGCUGAUUUCGGACUGGCGAGAGCUUUUGGAGUCCCUUUGCGCACAUACACUCAUGAGGUGGUCACCUUGUGGUACCGAGCCCCUGAAAUCUUGCUGGGAUGCAAAUACUAUUCAACAGCUGUGGAUAUCUGGAGCAUUGGCUGCAUCUUCGCAGAGAUGGUGACUAGGAAAGCCCUCUUUCCAGGGGAUUCUGAGAUUGAUCAGCUCUUCCGGAUCUUCCGCACCCUGGGUACUCCCACCGAGGCAACGUGGCCUGGGGUGACCCAACUGCCUGACUACAAGGGGGACUUUCCCCGCUGGACAAGGAAGGAGAUAAAGGAAAUCGUUCCCAACUUAGAUCGGGAUGGCCGAGACUUACUGACGCAAUUGCUACUGUAUGACCCCAACAGACGCAUCUCAGCCAAGGCAGCCCUUAAUCACCAAUACUUCUUCUGGAAAAGCCCCCAGGAUGCUGAAGAGCAAUGUGACCUACGGAGACACUACAGAUAAGAAGACACAGAUCUACCCUUGUGCUUGCUCUGAAGGGGAGCAGUGCAGAUCUGUUUGGGGGCACUUUGCAGGGGACUAGAUGGGACCCAGGACCUCUCUUCUCCUGGGGAGCCUGAAAGGGGACACCCCUGUAUUUAGAAACUCUCAGYCUGUUGCUGGGGGAAGUUUGUCUAGGCUGUGGCUGGCAGAGAGUUUUGAGGAGAGCCUGUCCAUACAGGGGGACAGAAUGUAAAUUUGUCAGCAUAAAAUGUCAAGCCGAAAAUGACAGGAGAGAGCAACUUUCUUUUCAAUUAACCAGUGAAUUAAGGUGAUGCACAGUUAUUUCUCUGGAGCAUCCCCAGGUCCUGCUGCAGAUCUGUCAGUGGCAGUUCCUGAUACYAGGGCACGCUGGAGCUCCACUCUGCAGAUAGGGCAGCUUCUCUGCUUGGCCCUCUGCUGUUGUUAACAAAGAAGGGGGUUGCCAGCCUUAGAAAAGUUGUUUGAUGUGAGCUGUAUAAGAGAGCUGAUAUUCUGCCCUCCCACAAGCAGRGGACCAAUGUGUGGUAUCUUAAUUUCUGCCUUAGCUAGGACUGAGAAGCCGAAAGAUCCAGUUAGCCUAGAGCACCAAUUGAAAAUUUGUGGAAACUCUCAUUUUUCAUCAUCGUUCCAGAUGUAAUCUCAUUUCCUUUGCUUUAUUGGCUUGGACAUGUUUUUUGCUGUUAAAACGUUUGCAGAAUUAUCACUA